AACAGGACGCGAUUCAUGGCGUCAUAACCGGCAAUGCUCAACACUCGACCCUCAACACUUCCCUCAUUUCGCAUCGUGCCCACCCGGCAAUCCACAGUAGUGUACUAUAAUCCUCACAUCUUUCGCAGGGAGCAGGCGAAACGAAGUCCGUUUUGCCAAGUCAAGAUGGCUGCACUUGAAAACCGCACUGCAGACCAAAAUCUCGCGCUGGAUGAUGCCAUACUGGAUGUACAGCUCGAGAAUAUGCCGAUGACGGAAAGCUGCGAUGUUGUCCGCCGCAAGAUCCGCACUUUCCUCGACUCAGGCGAGAUGAAAGUUGGCGAAUUCCAAGAUGCUAUCAAUGUCACUGGCAAUGCGUACUCACGCUUCAUGGGUCAGAAUGGCCCAUACAAGGGAAUGGGGAGCUCAGUAUACGACGCGGCAUGGGUCUUCUUCAAGAAGCGGGAGAUGAAGGGGAUCAAGAUGCCUAAGAAGACUGCAGCAAGUAUGGGAGGUGCAUCGAGUAGUAGUGUGCCUAGUGUCGAGAGUAUUGUGUUGGAUUUUGAGAGAGAAGAGAAGGUUCCCAUAUUCGAUACAUGCGACGACAUCAGGCGCAAGAUCAACGCGCAUCUCAAGCUCCCAGGCGUGACGCAAGCAUCCUUCCUGCACAACGUCGGGGCGCAAUACCACCCUGCGCGUCGUGUACAAUCCAGCCAGCUGAGCGCUUUCCGUUCCAAGAAGGGACCGUUUGCUGGCAACACCUCGGUGAUGUUUUAUGGCGCGUACGUGUACUUUGAGAAGCUGAGGAUCAAACAGAACAAGCCAAAAGGGAAGAAACGCGAGGAGAUGGAAAGGCUACAUGGUCCAUAUGGCGGUAUUGAUCACGAUAGGCCCAGGCGCAGCUAUUUAGCAUUAGCAGGCUCAUCUGUGACCGAGGAUCAGUACGGAAGGGUCCAUAUCUCUGGACCAAGGGAAAGUGGUGUGUUUCCGCGUCGUUGAUUGGGUUCGCAGUGAAUUGAUAUGUAUAUGUACAGGUUGGACAUGUGCAUUGGUGUAUUCAAGCUUCCAGUAUUCACAAAACUCUGAGAUAUCGUCCGUAC